AAUUCACCUCCACCUCCACCUCCACCUCCAUUAACUCCACCACCAGCAAGGCAAGCAACUCCAGUUUCUCUUAACGAAAUAGUCAUAUCGAAGCAAACAGCAGUGCGGAGAACAGAUCCUGCCACUGCAAAAUCAGAAAAGCUCAGGCAGCUGCCACUCAGGCAACCCCAACCUAACCGGACAAAUCCUCUUAUAUGGUGUGGUGCAGUGCUUUGUCUCAUAUUCAGCCUUGUUCUAAUCUUUUUUGGAAUUGCUACUUUGAUUAUCUUCCUUGGCAUAAAACCCAGGAAUCCUGUGUUUGAUGCUCCCUCAGCAAGCCUCAACAGCAUCUACUUUGACUCACCUGAGUAUUUUAAUGGGGACUUCACCUUCCUGGCAAAUUUUUCCAACCCAAACAGGAAAAUUGAUGUGAGGUUCGAGUAUCUGGAUAUGGAGCUCUACUUUUUGGACAGACUCAUAGGUACUCAAGCUGUUCAACCUUUCUCUCAAAGAAGAGGAGAAACCAGGUUGGAAUCACUACACUUCAUAUCAAGUUUGGUCUAUUUACCACAAAAUCUUUCCAUGGAACUUCGGAAGCAGGUGCUAAACAACAGGAUUAGGUACAACAUAAGGGGUACCUUUAAAGUAAGAGCCAGUCUGGGUAUGAUCCAUUUUUCUUACUGGCUGCAUGGGAGAUGCCAGUUAGAGAUGACUGGUCCACCAACAGGUGUUCUAGUUGCUCAUAGCUGCAAAACAAGGAGAUGAAGAUGCAAAGGAUAUUCUCUCAGCUGCUUCAACAACUUAGCCUCCUCCGACUCAAUUGAGAUCAGUUUUUGAUGUACACAACAUUCUGAUUUCUUUUUGUAAUAUGGUUCCACAGUGUUCUAAGAUGCUCUUUUUCCUUUUCUUUCCCUCAUUUUCUUUUCUCUUUAA